UAUUCAGUUGUGUCACGUUCUUAUCAGUCCAAUAUUUAAUAGUGUAACUAUAUUUAAAGUCAGUAACCACAGUUGAUUUUACCGUAAAACUUUGAGACUUUCAGGCGAUGAGGUGGCUAAGUUCUGUUACAGUAGGGUUGGUGGUGCUUUGUUGUUGGCGGACAGUUGACUCCUGUCGUUGUGGAAUCGUUAGAGAGGAGGAUCGUUUGUGUCAUUUUGCGGAAUUCGUAAUAAUUGCUACGGUGGAGUCUUCGUCGGUAGUCGGCGACGACCGUGUCUAUAAUGUCAACAUACUCCGAGACUUAAAGGGAACGGUGCUGAAGGGUCCGUCAAAGGUUUACACUUCAACGGAAGGAUCCUUAUGUGGAGCUGAUCUGCAACUCCAGACGGUGUACCUUUUGGCAGGGUCCUAUGUAGACAACCACCUGUAUCUUGGAUUGUGCCACGUGAGCAGAGAACUGACUGCAGACGAGGCUAAUUCAUACGUGCUACCAAAAUGCUCUGAUAUUGUGUUUCCUGGAUAACUGUUUUCAAACACCACACGUCUGUCCCAGUGUUCUAUAAUUACACGUCUCUGGUUAAUAUCUUGAUAGCAAAGAACUUUUCUUCACACGAACAGCAACGUUUGUAUUACUGCUAAUAUCACAAUUAGGCAUUUUGAAUAAAAUGUUACCCAUUG